UAGCGCUUACGCACCUACGCGAGGCGGUGGCCUGCGCCUGCGCAACUCGGCGCUGCGGAAACCGUUGGCUCAUUUGCAUCUCCCCGCCUUGCGAGGCGGUGGGUAAGGAGCCUGAAGCGGCUGCGGGGGCGGCACCGCUCGGGGAGACGGAAACAUGGCAGCACGGCGGAUGGCACAGGAAUCUUUGGACACUGUAUUACAGGAGAAAUCUAAAAGGUACGGGGAUUCUGAGGCUGUCAGCGAAGCUCUCCAGCUUAAAGCUCAAGAUCUCUUAAGAACAGGCUCAAGAGCUAGAGCAGAUGUCUACGAGGAUGUUCAUGGUGAUAGCAGGUACUCUGCCAGUGGAUCUGGCGUAUACUCACUAGACUUGGGGAGAGAGGGCCUGAGAGGUGACAUGUUCGUGGGACCCUCCUUCAGAUCGAGUAGUCAGUCCAUCGUUGAGGACAGCUAUCUUCACAAAGAAUGUGGCCGGGAUCUGGAAGCAACCCAUACAGACUCCCGGGACCAGAAUUUUGGCCACCGGAAACUGGGACAUUUUCCUUCUCAGGACUGGAAUCUUGCACUUCGUGGAUCUUGGGAGCAAGACUUGGGCCACCCAAUUUCUCAAGAAUCCUCCUGGUCACAGGAGUAUAGUUUUGGGUCUUCAGUGUUGGGGGACUUGGCCUCCUCUAGGAGGUUGGAGAAGGAGAGUCGGGAUUAUGACCUGGGUCAUCGUGGGGAUGUGGACUCUGUGUCUAGAGGCAGUGGGCAAGUCCUGGCCAGAGGCUGGUCUCUAAAUAUGGCUGACCAGGAAGGCACUUUCCUAGGAAAGGGGGACACUCAGGGCCUGCUCACAGCAAAGGGUGUUGGGAAGCUCAUCACACUGAAAAGCAUGACCACAAAGAAAAUGCCUGUUGUUGGUCGUAUUUCUUCAAAACCUCAGGGCACUAACCAAAUCCAGAAAGCCACCCCAAGUCCUGAUGUGACCCUUGGAACAAACCCGGGGCUAGAUGAAAUCCAGUUCGCUGCUCUGAAGAUCCCCUUGGGGCUGGACCUGAGGAUGUUUGGCUUCCCCAGAAGGAAGCUGGGCUUUGAUGCCAUGGACAAGGCAGAUGUGUUUUCAAGGUUUGGCAUAGAGAUCAUCAAGUGGGCGGGUUUCCACACCAUUAAGGAUGACCUCAAGUUCUCCCAGCUUUUCCAGACUCUCUUUGAACUGGAAACUGAGACCUGUGCCAAGAUGCUGGCCUCCUUCAAAUGCUCCUUAAAACCAGAGCACAGAGAUUUCUGCUUUUUUACUAUCAAGUUUUUAAAGCACUCUGCUCUGAAAACACCCCGAGUUGAUAAUGAGUUUUUAAAUAUGCUUUUAGACAAAGGUGCUGUGAAGACCAAAAACUGCUUCUUUGAGAUCAUCAAGCCCUUUGACAAGUACAUCAUGCGGCUCCAGGACAGGCUGCUGAAGGGUGUCACUCCCCUCCUCAUGGCCUGUAAUGCCUACGAGCUAAGCAUCAAGAUGAAGACCCUCACUAGCCCUCUGGACCUGGCCGUGGCCCUGGAGACCACUAACUCCUUGUGUAGGAAGUCCCUGGCACUCUUAGGCCAGACUUUCUCCUUGGCCUCCUCUUUCAGGCAGGAGAAGAUCCUAGAGGCUGUGGGCCUCCAGGACAUCGCUCCAUCUCCUGCUUCCUUCCCAAACUUUGAGGACUCCACUUUGUUUGGAAGGGAAUACAUAGACCACCUGAAGGCCUGGCUUAUGGCCAGUGGCUAUCCCCUCCAGGUGAAGAGGGCUGUGCCUGCAGAGCCCCGAGAACAGAGAACCACAUCUCAGCCCUGGACUACAAGCACUCUGAGCCAAGCAGUCCCCCAGCGGGCGGAUCACAGGGUGGUGGACACCAUUGACCAGCUUGUCAUGCGUGUCAUCCAAGGCAGGCUGACUCCCAGAGAAAGAACACUACUCCUGCAGGACCCUGCUUACUGGUUUCUGUCUGAUGAGAGCAGCCUGGAGUAUAAGUACUACAAGCUGAAGCUGGCAGAGUCACAGCGGCUGAACCACAGCUGGCCUGUCGUAGAACGGAGGCCAACACCAGCACAGUGUGCGGUGCGUGCCAUGCUAUAUGCACAAGCUGUGCAAAGCCUCAAGCGCAGACUUCUCCCGUGGCAGCGCAGGCGGCUGCUUCGCUCCCAGGGUCCUCGAGGCCGAAAGGCCAAGAAAGCUGCCACUGCCCAGCAUGCAUUCCUGUCCUCAGGCACUCGGCAGAGACACCAUGGCCGCCAGGCUGUAGGCUCCUUGCAGGUGAAACCACCACCACGGGACUCAAGUGAUGCUGCCCAGGACUGUCUACCAGAGCCUGCCAAACCCCACCCUCAGCCCUCCAGCUAUGGAGCCUUGGGCCCAUCUCGGCCAAUAGGGGAUGACUCAGAAGCUUUGCUGGCCUCUUCUCCCUGCCCCUCUGCUGAUGUAGAUCCAAAGACCAUGGAGACCGCUGAGAAGCUGGCCAGACUUGUGGCUCAGGUGGGCCCCGAAAUUGAGCAGUUCAGCAUAGAGAGCAGCACCGACAACCCUGACCUGUGGUUCCUGCAUGAUCAGAGCAGCUCAGCUUUCAAGUUCUACCGAGAGAAGGUACUGGAACUGUGCCCAUCCAUCUCCUUCCAGUCCACUGGUGAGACAGGGGACUCGGUGCAAAGCCCCACAGCCCUAAAGGAGGGUGAGGGUGAGCCAGAGGAGGGGCGUCCCCAGCAGGAGGCUGCACUGGAGGACCCUGAGGUGCUGCCUGAGGAGGAGGAAGAUGAUGAGGAUGAGGAGGAUGAGGGCAGAGAGGAGACCUGUGCCCUCAGGCCACAGGCAGGAGCUGCCAAGUGUCCAUGCUCCGAGGGCAGCUCCCCCACUGACAGCAUGCCUGGAGAGGGGUCCAGGGAGGACCAGGCUGGCAUCCCUGGCCUGUCACAGGCCUCCUCUGGCAGCUGUUUCCCCAGGAAGAGAAUCAGCAGCAAGUCGCUGAAAGUUGGCAUGAUCCCUGCCCCCAAGAGGGUGUGUCUCAUCCAGGAGUCAAAGGUCCAUGAACCAGUUCGAAUUGCUUACGACAGGCCUCGGGGUCGUCCCAUAGCCAAAAAGAAGAAACCCAAGGACCUGGAGUUUGCCCAGCAGAAGCUGACAGACAAGAACCUAGGCUUCCAGAUGUUGCAGAAGAUGGGCUGGAAGGAAGGCCACGGCCUGGGCUCCCUUGGGAAGGGCAUCCGUGAGCCUGUCAGCGUGGGGACGCUCUCAGAAGGAGAGGGCCUGGGGGCUGAUGGGCCCGAGCAGAAAGAAGAUACGUUUGACGCCUUCCGCCAGCGCAUGACACAGAUGUACAGACACAAGCGGGCCAGCAAAUAGAUCAGAGCCACUGGCGACAGAGAUAAGCCUCGAAGCAGCCUUGCCCUUCCCGUCACCCUGCCCCGGACGCCUGCAGCCUAAGCUUCGGUGUGUACUCAGCCAGCUCCACAUCCCCGGGUCAGGCUCCACCACCAGGCCUUGCCACUGCACACUGUAGCAGCCACUCCCAGGCACCCUUGCCUUCCUGCUUCUGACUCUGCUUCAUCUUGUUCCUCUUUUGUAGGGUGGCUUCUCAGCCUUAGUGCCCAGGGCCAGGCUCCCCUGCAAGUUCUCCACAUAGCCAGCCCUGCUUUCCGGAGCUCCGCCUUCUUCUGUCCCUAGAGCUUA